UGGCGCAAGCGACGUUGAUAGAUAGUCGUGUCAGCGUAACCCUCUUCAAUUGUGACAUAUCCAGCGCCAUGGCCGCUGCAGAGCUGUGCCCGAUGCCGAUUCCGAUGGCCGUCUCAGAGUACCAUUCAAAACACGGCUCGUCAUCAACCUUCCGUACAGAAACGAUAUCCGAGGUCGAGCCAGGUGCGAUAGAAAACCUCAUCCUGUCUCUCAAUUCAGAAGGUUUCACACUCAAGGAAUUGACCUUCCACGAAACGAGUCCUUCUGGGGACGAGAAGAAGAAAAACAAGCGACGUCAAGGAAAAAAGAGAGCUCAGUAUGCUCAGAUGAAUCGUGACCGCCAGAGAAACCGUCAGAAGAGUCUCAUGGCGUUUGUUGCCAGUCAAGUGGAAUCCGUCCUCAGUCCUGAGAAUAGUGCUUAUGAUCUGAAAAUUCAGUCCAUCAUGGAUGCUGACUGCUUUGUUCCUAUCAAGGAGCUACUGGACCAUCCGAGGAUAAAAGGAUUGGUUGUGGAGACCGAGGAUCUGAUCCAGGCUCUGCAAGGACACCAGCUACUAGAGGUGUCUGUUCGUGCUCCAUGUUACAGAAACAGGCUGCUGCCUUAUCCACCACCUUCUCCUUUCAUUUACGAACCGAUACACAUGGUUCGACAAUUACCGAGGCAGGCAUUCAUUGUCACUCAGUUGGAAUUUUGGUUUUCUGAUGAAAAUUUGGCGACGGAUGCCCUUUUUGGCAGAAUGAUUGCGGACGGCCCAUUGGGAUUUGUACCGGUGAGGUCUUUGUUGGCGUUCAACAGAAUGAAAGCAGUCAAAGCAACUGCUUGGGAGAUUGCCGAAGCGGCUGAUCAUUCUAUGCUCCUUGAAGUCAGUCACGAUCGAGGAUUCAUUCGACGACGUCAAGGAACGAGAUCUCUUGGCAGUAGUCCUUUGCUGUCAUCAUCUCCAUUCUAUCUUGACCUUGGAAAGAUAUCACCUCUGUUUCUAAAUAGAGGAGAUAUGAGUAUACCACCACUUGCUUCUCCUUCAACGCAGCAGGCCAUACGGAAACAAGUUGAAUACUACUUCUCCAAUCAGAAUUUCCUCUUCGAUCGAUUUCUUCAACAACUUGGCAAACGAUCUACGACCGAAGCUCUUGGUUUGGAUUCAUUGGUGACAAAAGAGGAUAUCGUGAAAUAUGGAGGAUGGGUGUCUGUUGAUGAACUGGUGAAGUUUCCACGGCUGGCAACUCUAAAGACCUCAUCUGCUGAUCUGAUCACUGCUCUGGCUGACUCACCUUUGGUAAAGAUUAACCAAGAUGGCACACUGUUGAGGAGGGCUACACCACUUCCACCUGUACCACCCAUCAUAACGGAAGAAGGAGUCAAGUUUGGUCUUUCCCUUCCUGAAGCUGAUAGCACAUCUUUCACUGUGAUGCAGUACAAUGUGUUGGCAGACCACUUGGCUAGAGAGAGCUGGUUUCCAUACUCAUCAGAUGAUACACGAAGCUGGCUGAGGAGGAGAGAACUAAUUCGACGCGAGAUUCUGUAUCAUUCUCCUGACCUACUAUGUCUACAAGAAGUCCAGACAUUUCUGGUUGAGAAACCAGAUGGAACGGUGACUUCUGUGAAAAGUGGGCACUUGGCUCGAGAGAAUCACGUAAAUUGGUUUGGUCAGUGGUUGAGAUCGACUGAGUAUGGGUUCCGUUAUGCACGGAAGACACCAUACAGUGGACAGCCAUGCCAGGGUGUAACCAUCGGAAACAUGGUGUGCUGGAAGGAAUCUGUGUUUGAAGUGAUUGAAGAGAAAGAUAUUGUUCUAUCUAAAGAGAUUGCAAAGUGUUUUCCCGAACGUGAGAUCGGAGUUCAGCCAUCACAAAUGGUCAAGUUUUGUGAUCGCAGUAUGGAUCACUUCUGUGCAGGCUACGGCCAAGUUGCAUGCAUGGUUCGAUUACGGCACCGAAAAACGGGCAGAGAGCUAGUCGUUGCAACGGUCCACAUCACCUCCAAUUACCAAUUCCCUCACGUUCAAGUAAUGCAGACAGAAGCAUGUCUGAAGGCUCUCGAGGCAUUCAGUACUGUGACAGUUCCAAGUCAUUCUUCUGGACGAACUGGCCGAUAUUGUCAGCCAUCCAAACUGCCUGUUAUUCUUUGUGGUGAUUUCAACUGUACUCCAGAUUCUGCUGCCAUUCAGCUUAUCAAGCAAGGCAAUUUGAGCAACACUCACACAGAUCUGGCCACAGCUACUGAAGCUCGAUUGAUUCUUCCCUAUCCUAACCCCAAGCACAGCCUCCACCUGAAGAGUUCCCACGACUGGCAAAUGUCUAAGCAACCUGAUUCGACACCCCAGCUAACCAACUACACUCACAACUUCUCUGGAACUCUGGAUUACGUUUGGAUGACGUGCGAUCGCGGGUUGGACAUCACAGCAGCUCUCGGUGGCCUUCCCUCCGAAGUUCUCUCACAGGAAACAGGACUUCCGAGCAGUCGGUUUCCAUCUGAUCAUCUCCCUGUUCUUUGCCAGGUGAAGCUAACGUGAUCAUUUCAAUGCCUUCUCGUAGACAUCUUUGAACAUUUCAACAAGCAACAAUUUGUUUCUGCUAAUCAGCAAUUCUUAUGCCC